AUGAGAAGGUUAAUAGGUGCACUUGUUUGGUCCACUCUACUUGAUCCAAGGCCUCUGGCUCUUAUCACUCAAUCAGGAACAGUUCUCUUGGGAGGAUAUUAUGUAGGAGUAUUAUCAGUGGAGAAUACUGGACAACCAGCUGCACAAUACUGUACAUUCAGAGGCAACCUAGUAAAACUAAAUGUUAGAAGUGGUGCAAUUAUAUGGAAAACAGAUACGCUUCUAGACAAUGGUGGGCGCCUCGGAGGAUAUUCUGGCGCAGCAAUAUGGGGAAGCAGCCCAGCUAUUGACAUAGCCAGAGGACAUGUCUAUGUAGGAACUGGAAAUCUUUACUUAGCUCCACCUGAAGUGCUGAAAUGCCAAGAAGCACAAAACAAUCGAACAACACCACCAGCUGUUCCUGAUCAAUGUUUUGGUAAAGACAUUCAUUUUGAUUCAAUUCUGGCACUGGAUCUAAAUUCUGGAAAAAUUGCUUGGGCUACACAGCUUGGAGGCUAUGACGUUUUCACUUUCGCAUGUUUGGUUCCUAAAAAUCCUAAUUGCCCACCGGGACCUAAUAUGGAUGUUGAUUUCGGAGAAGCACCUAUGAUGCUAACCAUAUUUCAAAUGGAAGAAUUCAUGAUGUUGUGGUGGCUGUGCGGAAAAGUGGCUUUGCUUGGGCGCUUGAUCGCAACACUUAAAAAAGCAGGACAGGGGAGCUUGGAAAGAGGAGGAAUAUGGGGUGCAACCACAGAUGGACGACGAGUUUACACGAACAUAGUCAAUGGAAACAUAGUACUUUUCACACUAGCACCUACAACUAAAAACACAACAGCUGGUGGAUGGGUGGCAGUGGAUGAAAACACAGUCCAAAUCCUAUGGACCACUGCAAAUCCUAGCAAAGAGACAUCCCCUGAGCCGGUCGCCAUAGUUAAUAGAGUUCUCUUUGCAGGAUCAGUGGCACCUAAUGGACCUCUCUAUGCUAUGGAUGCCGGUAAUGGAAAAAUCUCGUGGACAUUUAACACUGGGGCUACUAUCUAUGGGGGUGCAUCAAUUAGCUAUGGUUGUGUGUAUAUUCUGGUCUACCUUAGUUGUUCCAUCCAACUUGGACCAGUGGGCCUUCACUCUUUGCAUUUUGCAUUGUGUGAAAUUAAUACAUAUUGA